AUGGCUCAAGACGCCGAUCUGCCGAAAGCGGCCGACAAAGGAAAGGGAAAGGCUGUCGAUGACCCCAAGAAUGAAAGCACCAUUGUCAACGGCAAGAAGGCAGCCGACGAGAAGGCUGAUCCAGCCACUGCCGAGGAAGAGCUCAAUGAAGAAGACCAGCAGCUCAAGGGUGAGCUCGACAUGAUGGUGGAACGAUUGACUGAAACAAACAAAGAACUCUACAAGACAGCGCUCGAGGCCAUGAAGACUUCGAUAAAGACUUCCACAUCAUCGAUGACGGCUGUACCGAAGCCUCUCAAAUUUCUAAGACCGCACUAUGAAACGUUGACGAAUCUGUAUGAAGAGUGGCCCGCUGGCGACAACAAGACGUCUCUAGCCGAUGUGCUGUCCGUCAUCGGCAUGACGUUUUCCGACGAGGACAGACAAGACACCCUCAAGUUUCGUCUACUCGCGCCGACAUCCGACAUUGGCUCCUGGGGCCACGAAUACGUUCGCCACCUGGCGCUGGAAAUCGGCGAGGUCUACGUCAAGCGCAUCACCGCCGAUGAGCCAACCAAGGAUCUCCUUGACCUCGCGCUCACUCUUGUUCCUCUGUUUAUCCAGAGCAACCAGGAAGCGGAUGCAGUUGAUCUCAUGAGUGAACUCGAAAUCAUCGAUCAGAUCCCGAAACACGUCGACGAAAACACAUACUCCCGAGUCUGUCUGUACAUGGUCAGCAUGGUCAACCUUCUCACAUAUCCCGACAACGAGCAGUUUCUGCGCACCGCCCACAAGAUUUACCUCGAGUACAAGCAGUAUGCCCGUGCCAUGGUUCUGGCUAUCCGACUUCACGAUUACGAUCUGAUCCGCUCCGAUUUUGUCAAGGCCGAGGACCCUGCCCUCAAGAAGCAGCUAGCUUUCCUCAUCGCCCGCCAAAGAAUAGCACUGGAGCUGCCCGGCGAUGAGGAUGAGGAACUUAAUAACUGCUUAUCGAAUCUGAAGCUUGCCGAGUACUUUAAAUCACUGGCUAAGGAGCUCAACAUUCUUGAGCCCAAGACAACAGAAGACAUCUAUAAGAGUCACCUCGAAAGCAGUCGCGUUGCUGGCAUGACCAACCUCGACUCUGCCAGGCACAACUUGGCUGCCGCCUUUGUCAAUGCCUUUGUCAAUGCAGGCUUUGGUAAUGACAAGAUGAUGCUCGUUGAGGGUGAGAAAGAGACCUGGGUUUGGAAGACCAAGGGCGAUGGAAUGAUGUCAACGGUGGCUUCUAUGGGCACUCUCCUCAUGUGGGAUAUUGAGAAUGGUCUCGACAAGAUUGACCGUUAUACGUACUCCAGCGAGAAUGAAAUAUCGGCGGGAGCCAUGCUUGCUAUUGGUAUUAUGAAUUCUGGAGUUCGUGUGGAGUCGGAGCCUGCCCUGGCGCUGCUGGCUGAUGCCGAGAAGCUUCAAGGGCCCAACCCUCUGGUUCGCACAGCUUGCAUCAUGGGACUCGGAUUGUCUUACGCAGGCUCGAAUAAAGAGGAACUAUUGGAGCUUCUCUUACCCAUCAUCAGCGAUUCUUCGCAGGACAUGCAAAUUUCUGCCAUGGCUGCUUUGGCAUGCGGUAUGGUCUUUGUUGGGUCUUCUCACCCUGAAGUCAGCGAAGCUAUAGUGACCACUCUGAUGGACGAUGACCGCAAGAACCAGUUGACUGAUAAGUGGACUCGCUUCCUGGCCCUGGGUCUUGGUCUGCUGUUCUUCGGGCGUCAGGAGGAGGUUGACGUGAUUCUUGAGACUCUCAAGGCUGUUGAGCAUCCUAUGGCCAAGCCCACUGCUGUGCUAGCCGAGAUUUGCGCCUGGGCUGGUACUGGUGCCGUGCUCAAGAUCCAGGAGCUGCUGCACAUCUGCAACGAGCACAAGGAGGAGUCCGACGAUAAGAAAGGCGAUGAGCUUCUCCAGGCUUACGCUGUAAUUGGUAUCGCUCUCGUUGCCAUGGGCGAGGAUGUAGGUCAAGAGAUGGUUUUGCGCCAGUUUGGUCACCUUAUGCACUAUGGUGAGGCCAACAUCCGCAAGGCCGUCCCUCUGGCCAUGGGUCUCAUCAGUCCCAGCAACCCCCAGAUGAAGGUAUACGACACUCUGUCACGAUACAGCCACGACACCGACCCCGAAGUCGCCAUCAACGCCAUUUUCGCCAUGGGCAUGCUCGGUGCCGGCACCAACAACGCUCGUCUGGCACAGCUCCUCCGCCAGCUGGCCAGCUACUAUCACCGUGACCAGGACGCCCUCUUCAUGGUCCGCAUUGCGCAGGGCCUCCUGCACAUGGGCAAGGGCACCAUGUCCAUCAACCCCUUCCACACUGACCGCCAGGUGCUGUCCCGCGUCGCCGCCGCCGGUCUGCUCUCCACCAUGGUGGCCAUGAUUGACCCCAAGGAGUUUAUCACAUCCAACUCGCACUACCUGCUGUACUUUCUCGUCACUGCCAUGCACCCGCGCUUCUUAGUGACGCUCGACGAGGAUCUCCAGCCCCUCAAGGUCAACGUGCGCGUUGGCCAGGCCGUCGACGUGGUUGGUCAGGCCGGCCGCCCCAAGACGAUUACCGGCUGGCAGACGCAGAGCACACCAGUCCUUUUGGCGUACGGUGAGAGAGCAGAGCUCGAGGAUGAGCAGUACAUUAGUUUGAACAGCACACUCGAAGGCUUGGUGAUUUUGCGCAAGAACCCGGACUGGGAAGAGGAGCAAUAA